AUGAUCAGAGAGGAUUCUAUUGCCGUCUGUGGCUGUUGUGGGGGUUUUUUCUUCAGAAAAGAUAUAUCUAUAAUUGAAAGAAUCACACUGAAAGAAGCUUGGGGUUGUGAUGAUAAUGUAGUUGGAAAAGCCUUCUGGGCAAUUAAUAAUCAAUAUAUUACAACUGCUUUUCUGAAUAGGUUAACCAUUGAUCAGAUCCCAUUAUUCUCCACUUACAUAGCAGUCUCGUCACUUCCUCCCAAUUUUGAUGACACCUAUACUAUUCAUUUGAGCUUAACCCGUAAGAUAUGCUAUGUCAAGAAUUACAUCAGAGGCAAUAUCAGUCGAGCAAAAGUUUGGAGAGCAGCCGUUUUCUUACAGUCAACACCACUCUACCAAGAGUACAAUAUAACUUUAAGGACUGGUGAUGCUGAAGGGCAAGAUCAGAGUGUAGAAGAAGUUGGAGAAGAUAAGUUAGAAGACAACGGUAACCAAGAAUCUGUAAUUGUCUCUGACUAUGAAGCUAUCAGACUUUCAUCUGGAGAUAACAGAAUACCAUUAUCUGUUCUAACUGACAAAGAUAGUGACUUUCUAUCUUUCCCAAAGAUAUUUUGA